UGUUGUGCUAAUCUUCAGCAAGGAACUCCUUGAGUGUAUCUCAGUCAGAAAAACCCCACUGCCCAUAUUAACCAUGAAAGUGAUUAUUGUGUUCGCUGCCGUUGUGGCCCUUGCUCUUGCCAAGCCCUAUGACCCAUCCAGGGAUGCUACCAUCCUGCGCUACGAGAACGACAACAUUGGAGUUGAUGGAUACAAAUACGCAUACGAGACCAGUGAUGGACAGAAUGCCUAUGCUCAAGGAGAACUGAAGAACUUCGGACCUGAGACGAAUGCUGUGGUCUCCCAGGGAUCCUUCAGCUUUGUUGGUGAAGAUGGAGUUACAUACACAAUCAACUGGGUCGCCGAUGAGAACGGUUUCCGUGCCGAUGGCGCUCACGUCCCAACAGCCUAAGAAUCCCACAGUCCCUCCCAUAAGUCCUAUCAGCAAAUCCUACUUCCCUUCCUCAACUGUAAUAUAAUUGUUAUUUGUUAUGUUUUGGUCUGCAGCAUAAAAAAAAUUCCUCGUUGUUGAUGAUGUGUUUGAAAACAAAAUGUGCCAUACUGUCUCAAACGAACAAGAGCAAAAUAUCCUCACAAAACAUCUUCAAAACUCUCUGUUAUGUUAGAUUUGUAAUAAAAGAGUUGGUUUGUUGACAAAAAAAAA